AUGGGCUUUGCUUUGCUCAUUUGUGGUGUUGUGUGGUUGGAAAGUCUUCUCUUCACUAACUGCUUCAUUCUUUUUGUUAACAGAGGAGGGGAAGAAGCAGAAGCAGGAGCCAUGGAUUGUUGCGUGUGUACAACUAUGCCAUUGAUACUAAGGCCUCCGAGGAAUACAAUAUGUGGGGCAUGUUAUGAAGGAGUAAGGAGCAUAAUCAACAUGAUGAGCAACCUCGAAAGUGAGAAAGUAAAAGCAAUAGUGUCCAAUCUAAAUCCAAACACUUGUCCAGUUGCACGAAAAUACUCCAGUAAGGCAAGCUCUAAUUCAUUUCUUCUAUGGUGUUCAGAACAGAUUGAACAGUUUAAUCAACAAAAGGAAGACUUGGUUUUCCUGAGAGGCUUUAUUGCAGCCUUCAAAGCACAGAUUCACACAGAUAUAUUGGUCACUCCAGGAAGACAUGGUCCACCUAUACCUGCACAUAAGUCCGUUUUGGCAGCAAGAUCAGAGAUAUUUAAGAACAUGUUAGAGUGCGAUGAAUGCAAAGAAGCACCAAGUAACAGCAUAACCAUACCAGAAUUGAAGCAUGAAGAAUUAGAGUGUCUGCUUGAGUUUUUAUACAGUGGAACCUUGGGAGUUGAAAAAUUGGAGAAACAUGUGUACGCGUUGUCACAAGCAGCAGAUAAGUAUGUGAUCCCACAUCUGCUGAAACAUUGUGAAAGGUACCUGCUGAGUUCGCUAAGCACUUGUAAUGCCCUUGAGACACUAGAGAUUGCGGACACCUGUUCCAACCACAACUUGAAGGAGACAACCUUGAAUUUCUUGGUUAAGAACAUUGAACAUGUUGUGUCCUCACCUAAAUUUGAAGCUUUUGUGCACAGGAGUCCACACCUUACUGUGCAACUGGUUACAAGGGUCUUCCUCAAUGGUGCCAAAUCAUCAAUUUCUCUCCAAGUUUAA